AUGUUGAAAAAAGUCCGAGGAAAGCGAUCUACCAAGGAUAACAUGACUGACAAACUGAGUUCUAUGUACAAAGAUACUGCUGGCUCCAUCUAUAUGAAAGUUUUUGGAAACGAACUGUUCUACUCUCGUCUCGAAGAAUUAGAAAGUAUGACUCCAGGAAGAAGCUUGUUGGAUAUGCUCCUGAAGUUGGCCAAAGAACAGGAUGUGGAGUUAACGAAGAGUUUUAUGUUCUUAGAUACAACAUACACCAUUCCCACCAGUAGUGGUCUUCCUCUACGUUUGGCUGUCAACGGAACUGCAACCGUUGGAUUAAAAAUGGGUGGCAAGUUUGACAUUCGUUCCAUCAGGCACGUGGACGUACACGGUCACUUUCAACCAAGUGGCGCCGUCGAAAUAUCCACUCUAAUGACAGUGGAUGCUAACGUGGCACAAUCGGGUCUUAAAGUGGCUGCUGUCCUUCAUUCUUCUACAGUGAUGGAUGGUUUGGUAGAAGUUAAAGAUGGUAAACUGAUGCAUGUACAGGUGAAUGUACCUCGAGACAACAUCGAGAUUGUAGAUAUCCAGAGUAAGAUAUACUUGGUUCAUGGUGACGAAGAACAAGAACAAAGAGGUAAACGAGAAGAUCGGACUGAAGUCAACGAGUGUACUAGUAAAUAUCUUGGUCGAAUGAUUGGAAUGGAGAUAUGUGGAGAGAUGAGCUUCCCUGUUGCACGUGGUGGAAGGAGUGAUGCCCCCUUGUUUCCUUUGAGCGGUCCAGCUUCCAUCAAAUUACUACUUCGAAAAGCUGAUCCCACCCUGACAAGUUACAACUUUGAAGCAAGUUUGAGAAAUGAAAAGGUGAGCACAGGGAAAUACAUCCGCCGAGCUCUUCUGUCUUUCAACACACCUCAUUCUUCUGUUGACCGUGAAAUGACCCUGGAUAUUCAGCUCAAUCAACAAGAAAAUUCAUUUGACUUUAAAUUGAGAAGCCCCAUCAAGAAAUUUGGAGUAAAUGCUAAAUACAACAACGAUGAAACGGAAAAGAAGAUUGACCUUCGCGUUACCAUGGACGACAAGGAACAACUCUCGGUUAUAACGAGCCUUCGUACAGACAGAAAUACAAAGUCCUUACGAUUGUCACCUUACGUUGAAGUCAAAAUUCCGAAUCGUCGUCUCGUGUUUGCCAAGGGCUAUGUUGCUCAUGUGUCUGGUGAAAAAUACAGUGGGCAACUGACGAUCCAAGACCUUACCGAGAAACCAAUUGUUCUGAAAGGGGAUGUUGACAUCAAAAAUCGUGACCGAUUUGAAGGAGAAAUUGGAAUCAGUUCCUACAUAUUAGAUACGACCGUUAAAGGGAAUAUUAACGUUGGAUCAGGAGUGAUCACCAAGUUAAGUGUCGACUAUCAGGUUCUUGGAGGACGACGUGAGAAUUUUGAUAUCACCGGCAAAUUCCGAGACUUGUCUGUAAACUCACUCACUAAGUACACUGGUGCUAUAACGUUUCAAAGUACAGCCGUACCAGAGUACGCCACUGUAUUAAACUGGGAAAUGCAAAAUACUGAUGGGCAUCUAGAAAAUCUGUUUGAUGUUUCAUACGGUGAUGGACGUCGAGGCGAAAUUCAAAGGAUCAAAUUCCAACAACUUCUCCAUUAUGAAGGGUCAUUGGCUGAUAACAAAGUCUCUGCUAAUUUGAAAUUCCAGUACCCACAAGGUAACAUCGAUUAUGCUCUGAUCUUAAAACAUAAAAAUGAUGCCAAUUUUCUCUCCAGUACCUUAAACCUCAAAUACAGCGAGACGAAAGAGAUCAUAUCGAGUAUAGAACUGAGCAAACAAAACAUCCGUUUCCUCCAGCUAAGAGCUGAUGCUCGACUUCAGUACCCUGGUAGAGAGAUGAGGCUAACUGGAGAGGUUAUUGAAAACAAACGUAAUGAUUAUCGUGUCUCCAUCGAUGGACAAUGGCAAGAAUCGCAGAUGAAAGUAAUAGCCAACUAUAAGAACAAAGGUGACCGACACAAACUAGGGCAUGAAGUUGACGUUGAAAUUAUACUUCCUCGCACAACCCCUGUCAGUGUUGCUGGUUAUGUUAGUGCUGGACCAGGAGACUAUGCGAUAGCAAUCAGUAUGGAAGUAGCUAGAGAAAAGUACAGACUACAGAGUGAUUAUUUAACUACUUCUCUUUGGAACCACAAGUUUUCUGGUAUAGUGAGUUUCCCUGGUAGCUCCUAUUCUACUGUUGCUGCUAUUGAAAGUAGCCAGAAUACUGUGAAAGUAAAUAUAGAUGUCAACCUUGAAGGAAUCCGUCGUAUCUUAGGUACUUUAGAUCUGAAGAAUACCAACGUCAUGAAAACUGGUUCCUUGGACUUAAAGUGGGAUGCUGAUAGAAAUCAUGAAAAACGAAUCACCAUUGACUCUGAAUAUCAAAAUAUGGUUUCUAGACAAACAGGCACUAUCACUGUGAAAAUUCUCAGACGUAUAAUGAAGGCCUCUUUCAACAACGGGAUAGAGGGUCAUCUUACCAAGGGACCCUUCACAUUGAACGCCGUGGGUGAUCUGGAGUGGGGACCGGAUCGUAAAAUUACCAUGGAGCUUAAAGCUGACAACUACAUCUCGUCAAACAGACGGAAGAUCAGCACUGACAUCACUCUUAUAACUCCUUUUGAUGGUUUUCAGAUAUGUGGUAUUCACCUAAGCCACAGUGAUAAUGGCGAAGAAUGGAAAAACACUAUUGUAGUGGAACAAAACUCCCGAAAAACUACACUAACAUCUGAAGGACGAUACAGUAUUAGCAAAGUCAGUUGCUUCUUGCAAGGCUCUGUCAAGUUUAACAAUCCAAACCUGGGGCAGGUGCAAAUGGACAUCUAUCAUAAUAUGGACAGUUCUGAUAUUUCUAAUAAAUUAGAAGUCCAGUGGGGAUAUAAUAGAAAAAUUAGUUCUUCUAUGUUUGGAUCUCUUCUUAGUUCAGGUAUUCGUGGAGGAGUAAACUUCACAAGUCCAUUUGCAUCAUUUCGAGACCUUUCUGCUUCUAUUUUACACUCCCAAAAUCAGAAUCAUAUUCAGUCACAGGUUGAGUUUCAGUGGGAUGUAAAAAAGAAAAUGGCCAUUGAAAUUGAUGGAAAGCUUAGCCUUACAAAGAACAAACACACAUUUUCAAUUAAAACUACAGCAGUAACACCUUUUACUGGCUUCGAAUCUGCUUUAGCCAAGAUUGUCUAUUCCAAUGAUGGUAAGAAUGUUAAUAUAGACACUGAAGUUAACUGGGAUUACAAGCGAGUUCUGUUUGGUAUGCAGGGAACCAAUAAAAGCACAUAUUAUGACACAAAUGUUAUUGGGAAAAUAUAUUUUACCAGUCCUUUCCGUGGGUACGAAAACAUGGAAGUCAGUGGUUUCUGUAAAAUUUACAGCCAUACAUUUAAAUCAAGCAUUGAAGCUCGUCUUCCUACCAGACAGAAGGUGUCGCUUAGUAGUGAAGUUAAAAUUACAUCAACAUCUGAUGCAAGCAUCCAGUUUCUUGCCACUACACCCUUCCGUAACUUUGAGCACGUUUCCCUUGAUCUAUCCCAUAAGUUUACUGACAACUUGAAAACUGUUGGUAAAAUAAGAUAUGGAACCCAGGAAAUAACUAUGUAUCUCAGUGGAAGUCACUCAAUCAGCUACACCGAACAACGUUUGGAUGGUGCACUUGUAUUCACGACUCCAUUUGUUGGUUAUGAAAAAGUGAAAAUAUCUAUUGCCCAUGACAACAACCACCAGGAUAGGUUUAAUAGUCACCUAGAAGCUUCUAAAAAUCAGGAUUCCUUACAAUUUGUUCAUAGAUUUACAAUUCAGGAUGCUUACAACUUUCAGUCUGAACUAGAGAUACUUACUCCCUUUGAGAGCCUCAAGUCAGCUAAAACAAUAACAAAACAAUCCUUCCUUUCAAAUUCCUUUAAACACAAUACAAAUUUUAUUUGGAACAGACAGGCACCAGUUGACAUCAUGAUAGAGUUUCUAAGUGAUCGCCAGACAUACGAGCAGAACAUACAGGCUCGAAUUAAAUUGAUUACUCCAUCUGACAUACUUCAGUCGCUGUUAAUUGAGACUACAUAUGAGGAAAACAAGGACGAGUAUAAGCCACGGCUCAAUAUUAGGUGGAAUGACUCCAAACAAAUCACCCUAGAUGGACGUUUAGCAAUUCAUAGAAUGCAACGAGUUGAAGGAAAUAUAAUCUACACAAGUCCUUUUUAUGGAUAUGAAAAAAUCACUCUUUCUGGAAAGUAUGAUCUUGCAAGUAGAAAGCGUACUGGUGAACUUUCAGUUGAAUAUGACCCCAGAAAUAAUGGUAAGGUAUCCAUAAGUGGAUCUUUAUUUACAGACAGAAGAAAAGGAGAAGCUGAGGUAGUUUUCAAAAGUCCAAUCCGUAACUUUGAGGAACUAAUUGCUUAUGGAAAAUACGCAUCUGACAAAAACCAAAGAACUACAGAACUUUCCUUCCAAUGGCCUAGAGAUCAGAAAAUGAAGGUUUAUGCAGAAUUUAGUCAAGAAAAAGACAAUGUUGAAACAUCACUUUCUUUCACUAGUCCAUUUCAAGGAUACGAAACCUUCCAUAUUGAAGCUAAAGCAAAUGUCAGACGACCUCAAGGAAAUUUUCAGAUCAUAAUGAUGUGGGGACUUCAGAAUAAAAUUGAAUUUUCCUCUGAAUACGAAAUUGCAAGUAAUAUGCUUUCUACUACUCUAAUACUUCGAACACCUUUCCAAGAAUAUGAGGACAUUGUAUUGAAUGGACGCAUACAGAAAAAACACAAUGAAAUUGAUUUAUUUCUUACAACCACCUGGUCACCUGGCAAGAAAAUAACUGUACUAGGAAAUGUUAAACAUAAUGACUUCUAUCCAACUGAACUCACAGCUAACCUCGAAACCCCAUUCUUAUCGUACAGAAACAUAAAAUUAUCAUCUACCAUCGAGAAUGUAGACAAACGAUUUUCAUUCAAGUCUCUUCUUAACUGGAACAGUAAAACCUAUAACAUGAAUCUUCUUUUCAGUAAGGUUGACAAACAGGAACUGGAAGCAAAGUUGAAUGUAAACACCCCAAAUCCUAACCAUAAAAUAAGUAUCGAAGGACGUUUUAAAGGUAUAAAUCCUCAGAAAAUUGAGGGUAGCAUGAAGAUAACAACUCCUUUUGAAACGAUUAGCCCAUUAGAAGUAACUGGUAACAUUUUGGAUUCUGAGAAAGGAAAACAAAUUUCAAUCAUUGGAAGCAGCAGAAAUAGUCGGUUCUACAUUUCUGGAGACCUUAGCAAUUAUAAAAAUCGUCAAAUUACAGGUAACUUAAAAGCAGACUUGCCAUUCUUAAGUUUUUCAAAUAUUGAUAUGAAUCUUAACAUCAAUAGUGAUUGGAUUACCCAGUUUGAUGCUUCAGCCAGAAUGACAAUUGAAAGUUCAGCACAUACAGCUAAGGUAGCUUUAAAAAACUUGGAGUUUACAAGGGAGUUGUUAUUUGAAAUUCAAUCUUCUCUUCUUCCUACAAAACAAUUAACUCUAGAACUACAGCUAACAUCUAAGCCUAAUGCGUACAUUACAGUCCUAAGAUUUUAUACACCUUAUAUCAGUCACCGUUUCACUGGGAGCAUCCAGAAAACUCGACAGAAACUUAGUGUCGAGGGAACUGUUGAGAGUCCAAUUGUUAAAAAUGGGCUUUUAAGCUUUAGUGCCAUUUAUAGAAGUGAAAGGUUUGAAAAGCAGAAACUGGAUGUUAGCCUUGGUACCAAAGUGGAUAAGCACAAUUUGCAAGUGGCAUAUGAAUACGGCAAAGAUACAAUUGUAAUUUCAGGAAAUGUUGAAAGUAAGCUUUUAAAAAGUCGUUCAAUCGAGAUUGAGUGGAAAUACAUAAACAAUAAUAAUCAUGAAUUAGAAACUUCCUUCAAAUUUGCCACCCCUUAUUCCAUCCAUACUGCUUCAGGAAUCCUAAAGCUGUAUGAUACAGAAAUAGAGAGCAUAGUAAGUAUACAAACACCAGUCUUCAAUAUCCAAUCUCUUACAGUCACAAGCAGCUUUGUUAAUAAAAGGUUUGAAGUUAUGGAGGGUAACUUUCUGAUUAAAACACCUACAAAUGAAAUUCGUGUAGCUGGAAACAUCCGUAAUAGUGGCUGGAAGGGGCUGGAAGCUUUCUUCACGAUCAAUACUCCUUUUGACAUUCUGAAAAUGGUAAGAACUGAUAUCAAACUUCUCAAUGAAAACUUUAAGAACAUAGAGGGCUCUCUUGAGGUACAAACUUCUACUUACAUUUUUCCAAAAAUGUCUGUUGCUGGAAAAUUUCGCCGUAACACUGGCUUGUAUGAUAUAUCCAUCAGUGCCAAGCUUCCAAUUCAAAGAUAUCACAGUAUUAGACUGUUGGCUACUCUACAUUACAAUCAUGAAUUGACUUUUAUUAAUCCCAGACUUACUUUGACACUUCCACAGAAACGAUACUCAGUGUUCUCCAAUUACAAAACAUCUGGCCAAGAACUUGUAGCAACUUUGGGGUAUGAAUGGGAUCAACAUUCACAGAUACAAUUUUCUACAUCAAUGAAGUUUGCUCCUGGAAAUUGGAAUGGUGAGUUUGCCAUUACUACUCCUUUCCGUGGUUAUGAAAACUACAAUUUGGGUAUAACCUACACUGUUGAACAGGGACACUAUAAUAUUCGUAUUACUUUUAAGGACCCUCAGGAUGAAACAUCACUUGUCAACGGUUCUUUCCGAUUCUUUGACCUUACUAAUAUGAAAGCAGAUAUCACCAUCAGUACACCAUUCCGAGGUUGGGAGAACAUCGCAACAAACUUUUUUGUUCAAGAUUCUUCCAAAAUGUUUCUUAGCAGCUUCCAGCAUAGAUGGGGAAGCAACCAGAGAAUCUUUUUCAAUUUGGACAACAAAAUAAACAAUAAAGGGUACUCAGGAGAACUUAAGAUCACUUCUCCUUUCCAAAUACUCAGGAAAGCUAAUAUUGAAUACAGUGUUCUCAAUAAAGAUAAUAUGAAAAAUGAAAUAGAAAUAACUUACAACAAUCGAAAAGUAUUAAAGGUACAAACAUCAUCUAUAUACGAAUCGUGGGGAUACCACAGAUAUAUGAAUGUUGAACUUCCAUUAUCUGCUAUUCAAUUUUCUUUUGAUGCCAAGUCCUUAGAAAAUGGAAUAGAACUCAAAGUUGAAAGUAACAUCCCAUCCAGAAAAAUGGUUUUUCAUACCAUCUACCAAAACACCUGGUUGCACUUUAAUCAUGUCACUGAAUUCACAUGGGAUGCUGAAGCUCGUCGUACCAUCUCUUAUGAAGCUAGACUUGUUGAAUCAUCAAAACGAGGUAUCGACUUUUUUGGAAAAGUGGGUCUUCCCAGCCGUUCCUUUGAGCUUAAAGGAGAAACUGAACCUCUUCAAAACGGUAAAUAUAUCAACAUCGAGUUUUUAUGGGAUGCAGCUAAAGAUAUAAACAAACGCAUUGGUCUUGGCUUCGAGUAUCAAGAUAAAAGUAGAAGAGAUGUAACGAACCACAAAGUCCAGAUGACCAUCAAACACUCUCGUCUAUCCAAGGAAAUUGUAAUUCUCGGUGAUUUCUCUGUUUCUUCGUCUGAGUUUUAUGCGAAAGCUGAAGUGGGCUAUUCUCGACGUAGCCAAAACAACAUGGUUGCAGAGAUCAAAGUUAGAAAUAUUCAGAGUUGGGGAGAAUCAAAAUAUACGCUAGAAGCCAGUGUCAAACACCCAGUUACCAACUUAGACAUAUCUUUUAGUGGUCAUCUUGUCAAUAAUAACGAUGAAUAUGUCUUCAAUGUGAAGUUUAUCUUCCUCGAUCGCAACAGAAUACAACGUGUCCAGGAACUGAAGGCUAAAAUAAUGAAACUACAACAGGAAAUCCACUUUGAGAUUAAAGACGGGGACAACCAGCUAAAAAUGCUUGGUCGCAUGUUUAAUCGAGACCACGAAUUCACAGCUGCAUUAGAACAACAGCUCAAUGACCACAGUCCUGUCCACUCUCACUUCCGGCUUAGCAAAAGAAACAUGAAAGUGGAUCUGAACAUCACCACGCCAGAAAACGAUGGAAUUCACGUAAGAGUCGCCCUACCCGGGGAUGCAGCUCACUUUGAGAUCAACCACAGUAAUAGAGGCAGUGUUGUUUCUGACGUGCUCUUUGAUCUUGGUUUGGAGGAGUCUAAAGUACUUAGGAGUCGUAUUAGCUGGAGACCAGAAAUUAUAGACGACGUCAAGCAAAUAGUGUCCAAGUACGAACAUAUCAACAACAUUUAUGCAUCCAUCAUGGAUGACGUCUCCAGUGAAGUUUUCCAGGAAUUGAAUGCCAAAUCUGCCAUGCUGGAAAGAUCUGUGGCUCAAGAACUAAAGCCCUUCUAUCAGGAAAUGAAGCAUGACUUUUCUAACCUACAGCAUGAGGUAAAACUGGGUAGCAAGGAAGUUUAUGAGAUGUACAGAAAGAAUGACUUCUACGUCAGGGACAUUAUCGGUGGUAUUGAAACAGUAGCUGAUUCUUUUAGUUCCAUCAUUUCGUCAACUGGUGAAGCUUUGAAAAACGGUGUUUCCGUGACUGGACGUGUGUUCACAAUCACCUUGAACUACAUUAGUAAACAAUCCGCCAAAAUCCUGGAAACCAUCGUUGACCUUUAUGGUCAGAUUUUCUAUCGGACAGUUCGUAUCAUCAGGAAUUUCAGUAUGAAUGCCUAUAAGUGGACAAAACCAGUUGUUUCCUAUGUCAUUGACAUUUCCACAGAAUUAAGCCGUAUGAUAAAAAACGCAAAAUGGUUCAUCCGCCAUUAUACCCCAUUUAUUGAAAAUUAUUGUUCCACUAUCUGUAAUACUUAUUCUGAGAUAAUGGAGACAUUAAGAGAUUCUGUUGAUUACCUGACCGAGGAGGUUUACAAUCAUCCCUAUUACAUUGCUUUGAACAACUACGUCUACCGAAUUAGAACCACCGUCGCUGCUUUCCGUCGUGGUUACAACUCCAAUCUGUACGACAACAUCAAGCAAGGCCUGGGAACUUCCUUAUCCUCCCUCACGACCCAAUAUUCCCAGUUCCGUCAACACCCACACGUAGAAUAUAUCAAAGAUAUAUCUAGAGACAUUUACAACAAGGGAUCCAAGACUGCCAGGUACUUUGGAGUUGACAACAUGAUCAGUGGAUCUUUCCUUUAUUUGAAGAAGGUAACUUUAGAAUCUGUCAAAGAACUCGUUCAGGACUGGUCCAGCAUGAUUGCAGGCAUCAGUUACACCUUCAAACCCGAACAAGGUCAAAUAGGUUUCAGUUUCGUGCUUCCCAUCAAUCGUCAGAGCUUGCUAGAUGUACUAGACGUCACCAGCUUUCCAUUGUACCAGCACCUUCAAGAUUUCAAGUACAAACUGUUCAGUGAAGAUUUCCAUCUUUGGGAUGGUUACUACAGCGUGAUGCGUUUCCUGAACCCUCAGAAUUGGAUACAUCCAUCCACAGUGCAAUGUGAGACCUAUGAUGGCACCACCUUGCUGGAGGGAGAAACUACUGUAAUCAGGAACAUGUCACUUAAAGUAGCAGAUAUUGUGUUCAUCAUUGAAGAGAAAGCUUGUAACAAAGAUGUGAUACCCAUGUUGGAUAAGCUGGCUAGAGGAGUGGACAAAAGCUACCGAGAGAAGGGUUACACUGAUGUACGAUACACCGUUGUCGGGUUUGGAGCUGAUGGAGUUCAUGGUGUCCCCCAUCUUCACACCAGUGAUGGUGAAGUAUUUACCAGCAUCCGCUCUAUAGACUCAGCCAUAACCAGUCUAACCAUUGGCGAUGGCCCAAGUAACAUCUUUCAUGCCAUCCGCUUUGCUACUGGUCUUCCAUUUCAUGUUGGAUCCACCAAGACUUUUGUCCUUGCCAAGUGUUCUACUUGUGAAAGUGAAGACGAAAAGGGUGACUACGGUGAAAUUCUGCAGAUCCUAUUGGACAAUGAAAUCACUCUUCACUUGCUGAUGGACCAUGAAUUCCAGAUGAAAUCAGCUAUUAAGUCGAAAACAGCAAACCGAUUACUAGGUCUCGACACAGAAUACGCAUACACAUUAAAAGAUGCUAAAGACAAAAUAUUAAAGGGCGAUAAGGCUGUUCGUUCUCAAGUGAAAAUCCCGAAAGACCACUGCGUUCCCUUGGCUUGGGAAUCGAAAGGAACAUUCUUCAGUACAGAUAAGUUGACAAAGAACGUUAGAAAAGCCAAGAAAUUCAUCGAUGUCAUAACCCGUCGUAUGGCCAUGACUGCAGAACACCCACAGUGUCAGACUUGUAGAUGUAUUGCGACCGAAGAUGGUGUCGGCAAGAUGGUGUGCCAAGCUUGUGUCUCCAAUCCUGUGAUUGUGAAGGACAUCGUAAAUCAAAAAACCAACUACAACACUCCGGAUGUUGAUGAUGGUAGUGAUGAAGGAGUAGACGACGAACUGGACGAUGACUUUGAGGACCAUAUGGACCAAACUCUGCAAGUGAAAAAACGGAAGAUUUGGAAGGGAUUUUAAACUUUCUAAACAUCCAAAACCUCUAGCUAUUCAUAACACAUGUGAUUAUAAUGGGAAAGAGGACUGACCAUUGUCCAAGUGAUACCAUUUACAAGUAUAAUGAAAAACGCCAAUCAUACGUCAUUACCUAAUUCAUCUUGCUAAGUUGUGAUGCUCAAAUAACGCCACAGUAUAUCACUAUGAUAAUUUUUAAGCUGUUUGUGUAUGUGUAUUAACUCAGAUACUUUUGUAAAAAUUGAAAUUAUUAUGUUAGUAGGAUGGUAUAAUAAAUGAACUUUGACUUUGGUACAUGUAUUUAUAAUCCAAAUAAAACGA